CUACUAAAGACCCCACAGCUGUGGAGAGAGCCAACUUGUUAAACAUGGCUAAGUUGAGCAUCAAGGGGCUCAUUGAGUCUGCCCUGAGCUUUGGCCGCACCCUGGACUCCGAUUAUCCGCCUUUGCAGCAGUUCUUUGUGGUUAUGGAGCACUGUCUGAAACACGGCCUUAAAGUGAGAAAAUCAUUUUUGAGUUAUAACAAAACUAUUUGGGGCCCUCUGGAACUGGUGGAGAAGCUGUACCCCGAAGCAGAGGAAAUCGGAGCCAGUGUCCGGGAUUUGCCCGGCCUUAAGACACCCCUGGGUCGUGCUAGGGCAUGGCUCCGAUUAGCCCUCAUGCAAAAAAAAAUGGCUGAUUACCUUCGAUGCUUAAUUAUCCAGAGGGAGCUCCUGAGCGAGUUCUAUGAGUACCAUGCGCUAAUGAUGGAGGAGGAGGGCGCUGUGAUUGUUGGACUACUGGUCGGCCUGAAUGUGAUUGACGCCAAUCUGUGUGUGAAGGGAGAAGACCUAGACUCCCAGGUUGGAGUGAUUGAUUUCUCAAUGUAUUUAAAGAAUGAAGAAGAGAUAGGAAACAAAGAAAGGAAUGUUCAAAUUGCUGCCAUCUUAGACCAAAAGAAUUACGUUGAAGAACUAAACAGACAACUCAACAGCACAGUCAGCAGCCUCCAUUCAAGAGUUGACUCGCUAGAAAAGUCAAACACUAAGCUGAUCGAAGAGUUAGCAAUAGCAAAGAACAAUAUCAUUAAGCUCCAAGAAGAGAACCAUCAGUUACGCAGUGAAAACGAGUUGAUCCUAAUGAGAACUCGGCAGCACCUAGAGGUUACCAAAGUGGAUGUGGAAACUGAGCUCCAAACAUACAAGCAUUCCCGGCAAGGUCUAGACGAAAUGUAUAAUGAUGCCAGAAGGCAGCUUCGAGACGAGUCACAGCUGCGACAGGAUGUGGAGAAUGAGCUGUCAGUACAAGUUGGCAUGAAGCAUGAGAUUGAGCUUGCUAUGAAGUUGCUGGAGAAAGAUAUUCACGAGAAACAAGACACUCUCAUAGGCCUUCGGCAACAGCUGGAAGAAGUCAAAGCAAUCAACAUUGAGAUGUACCAAAAGCUGCAGGGUUCUGAAGACAGCUUGAAAGAAAAAAAUGAAAUCAUUGCUCGCCUGGAAGAAAAGACCAAUAAAAUCAGUACAGCCAUGAGGCAGCUGGAACAAAGAUUGCAGCAAGCAGAGAAGGCCCAAAUGGAAGCAGAAGACGAGGAUGAGAAAUAUGCCCAAGAGUGUCUGAGCAAAUCCGACAGUCUGCAGAGACAGAUCUCGCAGAAGGAGCAGCAGCUGGUACAGCUGGAAACAGAUUUGAAGAUUGAGAAAGAAUGGAGGCAGACUUUGCAAGAAGACCUUCAAAAGGAGAAAGAUGUCCUAUCUCAUCUUAGAAAUGAGACCCAACAAAUCAUUAGUCUUAAAAAAGAGUUUCUUAACCUCCAGGAUGACAAUCAGCAGUUGAAAAAAAUAUAUCGAGAACAAGAACAGGCUCUGCAAGAACUUGGCAGCAAACUCUGCGAAUCCAAACUUAAAAUAGACGACAUAAAAGAAGCCAACAAAGCAUUACAGGGACUGGUCUGGCUAAAAGACAAAGAGGCAACACACUGUAAGCUUUGUGAGAAGGAAUUUUCACUCUCCAAAAGAAAGCACCACUGUAGGAACUGUGGGGAAAUUUUCUGUAAUGCCUGCUCUGACAACGAGCUGCCUUUGCCUUCUUCACCAAAGCCAGUGCGAGUCUGUGAUUCCUGUCAUGCAAUGCUCAUUCAGAGAUGCUCCUCUAAUGUGCCGUGACACAGGAAUGCAAUCUUCCUGCACAGAGCACCUGCAGUGAGUGUGAGGACCAGUGUAGAGCCGUCCACACUAUACCUCUCCUCCAGCUAACACACAGGAUUCUAAGUUGUAUAGUUAAUACUCUGUUUCUGCACUUACUCAGACUUUAAGAUAGCAUGUUUUGUCACUACUUGGAACAAUCAUUGAACCCUUAAGGAAAGUCCGGAUAGCAGAACUAAUAAUGCACUUUUGCCUUACCCUCUAGAGGCCUUCACGAGAACAAGGCCACAGCUUGUUUGUUCUGAACUGUCAAGUUGGCACUUAGUGGUGCCCGUAAUUCUCUUAAUGCACUUUAAAGCUUCACAAUUCUCAGAGGAAGACUGGAAAUGCACUCACUUUGUGAUAAAAUGCUAACAGAACAUCCUUUUUGACCAUGAACUCAUGGACUUCCUUGCCUCAGCUCUGAAGUACUGGGACCAUAGGUAUGUGCCUCCAUACCAGGCCUGUAUAGUCUUCAUUGUCUGCUAAGAUUCUAACUAUUGUUUCUUCUGCCCUUUCUACAGUGGAAAGAGCCAUUAAUUUUAUCCCAUACCUGCCUACACCUAUCAUAUAGUGGAUGAAAGGACCAGCUCUCCCUCUGCACUUAGGGAAUGUUAACUAUAACCACCAUCCUUGUCACAGAUGCUAAUUUUUGUAAAGGGUUGGACCCCAGAGACACAACAACCUUUCUGAGACGGAUGGAGGGAGACCACAGGCUUUUAGAUUCUAAACAGUAAAAAAAAUAAGAGCAUCUAAAACUCUGCCUAUGCUAUGACUGAAUUAGGUUUCUCCACCCCCCCCCCCCCCUCCUUUAUUAGAAAACUUCUAGGAAACAUUACAUUGCAGUAGUGUUUACACCUACCUACAGUAGAAUUUCACCCUAUGUAUCUAGUACCUUUAUGCUAUGGCCUUAGGCACAUAGUGGUUUCUUAUUUUCUCAAGCAGAAAAAAACAUUAAGUUAAUUAAACCAAGACCAUUCAGGAUCUUAAAUUUAAGUCUUGCACUUUUAAAUCUAUAAACUCUACAGAGAUUUUACAUUCCUAAAGACAGUUUAGUGAUUGAGGAUCUUUUUGUUAUAUUUCAGUAAAUUUUACAAAUUGCCAAAAUUACAAAACCAGUAUUUUCACCAGCUUCUGAGGUAAACUUAAAUUAGAUCUGUCAGAUUUUGAGAUGCCCCCUUUCUGUAAACAGCUACUCAUGUAACCCAAAUUGGCCUUUAAUUUGGUGUGUAGCAGAUGAUGACCUUGAACUGGCUCUCUGACCUCUCCCAGCUGCUGAGAUUACAUCUGUGUGGUGUUUUAUGUGGUGCUGGGGUUGGAACCCCUGGCAUUGUGCAGGUUGGCCAGGUACUCUACCAAUUGAACUCUCCUACCCCCAAAAUGUCAUUUGUUGAGUACUAACAGAAUUAAGAUGGUCAGGUAAGAAAGACUGCCAUAAAUUCAAGGCCAGCUUGGUCCAUCCCUAGAAUUCGAGAUCAGCUACACAUACACACAACACUAUAAAACCAGUGAAAACCUGGCUCAAAAAGUAGAAAAAUAGAAGAAUUUAUCUCCCAUGUUGACAUUUAUUACAUGAGUAACAUAUCUAGCAAUAUCAUCUUGUAUUGAUGGGAUAGACUAACAUUUUUAUGACUGUGGAAAGUGAGCAUAAAUGAAAAUUUCAAAUAUGUGCUUUUUGUCACAAAUAUGGCCUUUGCUGGGGCAGCAUUAACUUGAUCCCCACUGUCUAGGAUGAGGAUAUAUAGCUCAGUGGUAAAAUGUUUGCUUACUAUGUAUGUGUUAAAGCCCUGGGAUCUCAAUCCACGAAGUGGAUAAAAAUCUAAAUUUAGGAUACCCCAUUCAUUAUAAAACAUUCACAACUUUUACUUUGCAAAAAUUUCUGUCAUUCCCUUACUUACCCUAAGCCAGUACUACCACAAAAAUGUAAUCAUGGUGCCAAGGAAUUGUAAUUCUAAUCUGUAAUGUUUUUAAAUAAAUGUCAAUUUUGGAGACAUUAACAAUUAAC